GGAACGAAAAACUAUCCGCGGGACAUCCUUUAGAGUGUACUGUGACCUUACGGGUAGCCUUCUGUGACCCAUUAUCCAGAGCGCACGCCUAGCAUAUGCCGAAUAUGACAAGCAUCGCCAUCCGCGCGCCUGGGGCGUCAGUUGUGGCUUCCAAAGCGAGUCGGUCCCGAUCUGCGGUUACAAGGGUUCAUGUUGCGCGUCGCAAUGUUUCAUCGCGCGCGGCAAGCUUGGACAACCUUACGGGCGUCGUGUUCCAGCCACUCAACGAGCAAGCUAAAGCGGAGCUAGCUAUCGUGGACGGCACCAACACAGCUAUUGCCAGCCUGGCUCGUGUUGACUUCCACCCGGCUUGCGAGGCAGCGAUCAACGAGCAAAUCAACAUCGAGUACACCGUGUCGUAUGUGUAUCACGCCCUGUGGGCUUACUUUGACCGGGACAACGUGGCGCUUCCGGGCCUAGCCGCCUUCUUCAAGGCAGGAAGCGAUGAGGAGCGGGAGCAUGCGGAGCUGCUUAUGGAGUACCAGAACCGCCGCGGCGGCCGUGUGGUGUUGGGCACACUAUCCGUGCCUGAACUGGACAUUGCGAGCAACGAGAAGGGUGACGCGCUGUACGCCAUGGAGCUCGCUCUGAGCCUGGAGAAGCUGAACUUCAGCAAGCUGCGGGCGCUGCAGGCGGUGGCGGAUGCGCACGGGGACGCCAGCAUGGCGGACUUUGUGGAGGGGGCGCUGCUGGAGGAGCAGGUGUCGGCUGUCAAGAAGGUGUCCGAGUACGUGAGCCAGCUGCGGCGAGUGGGCCGGGGACUGGGGGUGUACCAGUUCGACAAGGAACUGGGGGCGCAGGUGGCGGCAGCGGCGGCGUGUGUUAACCAAACUGGCUGCGAGUCGCAACAUGCUGUUGUUAGGAGAUACGAGGUGUGUACGGACGGGAAGGUGAUAUAUAUCUGCUGUAUCGCGGUAUCAGGUGUGCACGGCGUGGUGUGGCAGCGGUGCAGCGAACUGCCGCAGUGCUCGUGAAGGGAGCAAGCGGCGCAGGUGGCAGGCGGCAUUGAUUGGCAUAGGCGGUGACCGGCAAGUGGUACGGCAUGUAUGUACGGCAGGGAAAUGGCGGGCAAGGAAGGCGGGAAGGAAGGUGGACGCAGGCCAGGCGGCCACGGCAUUUAGGAGGCAAGCAGAUGGGGGCAGUGUACGGCAGGAAACAGCCGAGGUAGUGGUGGUCGGCAACAACGGCGGCUGCAGCGGCGGCUAGUGCAGAUCUGAGGUGCUGGGGUUCAAGUAGCGGCGUAACGGGCUACUAAAGGCAGAGGUGGUAAACAUGCGACGAUUGGUACGUUGAAGGUUGCUGCACCGUCAGAAGGCAGCAUGUGAGUGUACUUCGUUUGGGGGUGAUACCGUGACCGUCGCGUAGCUUCACACAUGAGCUAGUAAGGACUGGCACAAAUAGCGCAAAAGACAACGAGCCGACGUACGAGCUUACAACCAUAGGCAGGUGGCCAGCAUUGGUUCGUCGCUUCCACACAGCUUGUGUGGUUCUCAUCAUUAGCCGUACACAGCUGGCAUAUAUGGCUACAGCAGCAACGGCGCGUCGUGAAAUAUGCAUGUGUUAUAUGUACAUGGGCCGCUAAUCCUGCUUUGGUCGCCCUUCCCAUUCCUCCGCCUCAUCAUCUGUAAUUACCGGUAUAUGCCGACGAGGCGAAAGCGAACAGGCCCC